GUCAAGCAACGAAAUUUUUUUUAUACAUAAUUUCGAGCUCGUGAAUUUUUAAGCGAAAAAUAUAUUAAUAACGGGACAAAAAUUUGUGAAGGAAUAAUACAUAGAAUUUCAUAGUUAAGCGAAAUUUCACAAACAAAAUGACUAAAUUAAAUAAAUUCGGCUCGAAAGAAAGGAUGAAAACUCGUCAGCCGGCAAGCCUUAUUAUGGCGCCGAAACCGGUACAUCCGCGAGCUGUACGCACACACGGCUUCUUCGGGGUAUCAUUCGUACGCCAGCACAUGGUCAUCGAUGAUCACUGGACACCAAUGUCUCUAACAGAACAAUUCAAGGGAAUGGCAGAUCUACUAUCUAAACGAUUGGUCUUCAAAAAACUCGAGGCAGCUGCUACCCACAAGCGCUACAUACGCGAGAAUCGCAACUUGAAACGCCAAUGCCGCGAUGGUCGCACGAAACUCUGCAAUGUGCUCUAUGCCGAUAACACAAAGAAAAUCAGAAAUUUCCUAAUCAAUCACAAAGAUAUGCAGCGUUUGUAUCAGAAAAUGCCUGUUGAGUUGGUCGUGGACAAUAUCAAUCAGCGUACGUUUGUGAUGCGCAAGGAGCGAGAUCGUUUGAAAUCGCGCUUGGACCAGUUAAAGAAUGUCUACAAGGAGAAAUUGCUUGAGCGCGCCGUUUUACAGAAUCGCAUCAAGUACGAGAAUGAAUUUGUGUUGGAGGAGGAGCUGAAAUCCCGCGUUUUUCGCAAGAAAAUCGAAAACUCCAAUGUGCGGUUGAAGGCGAUAAAAACCAUAAAUGGUACCUAUAGGAAAAUGAUUCAGGUGCUGCGUCACGAUGGCAUAUUUUAUGAACCCAUCUUGCGCUCGCUGAGUCAAGACAUUGAAGAUCAGUCGAACUUUAUUAAGCAUAUCCUGUAUUUAGGGAUACCGGCUAUUUCUAAAUUCAAGGAACUCAGUGAAGAGUAUAGGCAAAUGGAGGAUAAGUCGCGCAAAAAUAUGCAAGCAAAAUUACAAACGAUGUCUCAAUACCGGAAAGAUACGAAAGUAAGUGCACCGAAAGUUUCGUCAAAACCUCCAGAUCCCAUAUCGAAGUCUAAACGUUAUGUGCGUGAAACGAUGAGCAUGAUCGUUCUUAAAAAGGAGUUGCAAGUGAUUGAGGCUGCAAUAAAACGAGUGAAAUUCGCAACGCUCUGCUCGCAAGCCAAAGAGAUCUAUCCAAGAAUAAAAACUCAAGUGGAAAACAAUUUCAAGCUGAAGAAAAUGAUCGAUAGAAAUAUGUACAUUCAUUACAUGAUGCUUGUAAAAAUGAGGCGUGCUGACGUGUUGGCGGGAAUAUUGGUGAAUAACUUGUCGGAGCAGGAAAUAGCGCGCCUGGAGCGUAUAGCCGAACUAAAGGAAGCCAUUAACGAAGAGGAUAAAGAGGAGGAGAAAAUUAUUGCCUAUCUCAAGAAUCGUGCUGAUGCCUACGUAAUGCUGCGCAUGUCCUUGUGGAACUUGAACGAGAUUCUUCGCCAUGUCGACCGUCCCGAUAAGAUGACGCGUGUGAAAUAUCCAAGUUCGUAUUUACGUUUGCCAUUAUUGAAAUUUGACAUGCUCACAAUGCGCGCAUGUGCGCCGGAGGGUUACGAGGAGAAUAUCGAAGCAAUUUUGCAUACGGUGAUCCGUAAGGUCUACAAGCUAAUGCGCGCCUACAAGGAAGAAGUAUCACCUACCACAAUGGAGCAAUAUCUCAAUAACUAUCAGAACAUAUUCCUCGAAAGCAUGGAAAUGGAAGAUACCAGUGAUAGCAAUGAGCCGGAGCAAGACGAUGACGAAGAGGAUCUCUUGCAGGAAUCGAAACCUUUGCGCAAUGUGCCAAAUCGCAAACAGAUCAAGACACAGAGUGCAAAAUUGGUCGAGGAGUUGUCGAAAAGGGAAGAUUAGUAACAGUAACCCACACCGGAGGGUGUUGGUUUCUUGUGAGCCGGCUGCGGA